UUCAUGGAUUCUAUACAUUGGAAUAGAAUUCAUGUUUGAUAGAAAUAUUAGAUCGCAUAAAGUUGACGAACGCGACGGGUUCAUUAACAAUUUAUAGAUGAAAAAAAAAAAAUGGAAAAAAAGAAAGCAUUUAUUUCUUUUCUAUAUCUUGUAUCUAUAGUAUUCUUACCCUGGUGGAUCUCUCUAUCAUUUCAAAAAAGUCUGGAAUCUUGGGUUACUAAUUGGUGGAAUACUAAACAAUCUGAAACUUUUUUGAAUGCUAUUCAAGAAAAAAAUCUUAUAGAAAAAUUCAUCGAAUUAGAGGAGCUCCGCUUGUUGGACGAAAUGAUAAAGGAAUAUCCGGAAACACAUCUACAAAAGCUUCGUAUAGGAAUCCACAAUGAAACGAUUCAAUUGAUCAAGAUGCAUAAUGAGGAUUGUAUCCAUAUUAUUUUGCACUUCUCGACAAAUUUAAUCUGUUUCCUUAUUCUAAGCGGUUAUUCUAUUCUGGCAAAUAAAGAACUUAUUCUUCUUAACUCUUGGGUUCAGGAAUUCCUAUAUAACUUAAGUGACACAAUAAAAGCUUUUUCUAUUCUUUUAUUAACUGAUUUAUGUAUCGGAUUUCACUCGCCCCAUGGUUGGGAACUAAUGAUUGGCUCUAUCUACAAAGAUUUUGGAUUUGCCCAUAACGAUCAAAUUAUAUCUGGUCUUGUUUCCACUUUUCCAGUCAUUCUAGAUACAAUCUUGAAAUAUUGGAUUUUCCGUUAUUUAAAUCGUGUAUCCCCAUCACUUGUAGUGAUUUAUCAUUCAAUGAAUGACUGAAAAGAAUAAAAAAGGGUAUACGAAUCUAAAUCCAAUUCGAAUUAAGAAUUCGAAUGUUUGUUACUUUGUACAUAACCAAA